CGUGACGUCACAUCGGGUGAAGUGCACUUAUGCAGGGGACAUUUGUGUAUUUGGGAUUUGUCCUGGCUUUUAGCGAGUUGUCCCCGUGUAACCGGUGCGCUGGUGUGUUUAUGGUGUUGGUGUUUUUACCGCAAUCAUUUAUUCAAGCAGCGUUUUAUUUUAUUCCAAACAAAAGCAGUGAAAAUGACGCGACACGGAAAGAACUGCACCGCCGGAGCUGUGUACACUUACCACGAGAAGAAGAAGGACACAGCUGCGUCCGGUUACGGCACUCAGAGUGUGAGGUUGGGGAAAGACGCCAUUAAAGACUUCGACUGCUGCUGCCUUUCACUACAGCCGUGUAGAGACCCUGUGGUGACUGAGGACGGAUACCUGUAUGAAAGAGAAGCCAUCCUGGAGUACAUCCUCCAUCAGAAGACCGAGAUCGCCAAGAAGAUGAAGGCGUACGAGAAACAGAAAAAGGCUCUGAGGAGUGAGGGCCAGCUGGAGUCGGGGUCAGAGGAGAGAGAGAAGAUCGAGAAGUUCAAGAAUAAAGAGAGCAGCAUCGUCUCCAAACCCAUCAACCCCUUCAUCACGGGUCAGAGUAAAGACGCAGCAUCGUCCCCGAGCGGCUCAGCGAGCUCUCUCAGCUCUCUCAGCUCUCUCAGCUCAGCUUCAGCGUCUACAGAAUCCACUUCCUCCUCCAGUCUGCCCAGUUUCUGGAUCCCCAGCCUGACCCCUGAGGCCAAACCCACGCUGCUGAAGAAACCGUGUAAGACAGUGAUGUGUCCGAUGUCAGGUCUUCCUCUGAAGAUGAGUGAGCUGAUUCCGGUUCGUUUCACUCCACUGGACCGCAGUCUGGACAGAGUGGCCCUGCUCACACGCCAGGACAGAUACGUGUGCGCAGUGACCAAAGACACGCUGGGGAACUCCGUACCCUGUGCAGUGCUCAAACCCUCAGGAGUAGUGGUCACUCUGGAGUGUGUAGAGAAGCUCAUACGUAAAGAUAUGAUAGACCCGGUGUCCGGAGACAAACUGAAGGAGAAAGACAUAAUAGUCCUGCAGCGGGGUGGGACGGGAUUCGCUGGGUCUGGAGUAGGUCUCUGUGCUAAAGAAGCUCGACCCGUCAUGCAGGCGUGAGAUCCAGAGCGAGCGAGAGAGCGAGCGAGAGAGCGAGCGAGCGAGAGAGAGAGAUCCAGAGCGAGCUGCGGUUUUUAAAGCUGUAUGUAAAAUCUCAGUGUUUAAUUCUUCUUCCUCUUUCUGUCUUCAGUUUACAUUCGAUAAAAUUUAACGUUAAACUUCAGCAUUGUGUUAGAUGUUACACAGCCGCAGUGGAAUUAUAAAGUAACUCAUCAGACAGACAGCAGGUUGUUUCUUUUUGUUGUUUUUUUUUUUUGCUAAAUGCAUUAGACACACUUCUCAUAUAUUUUUGUUUGUUUGCUUUUGUAAAAUAAAUUUCAUUUCCACACA